CCAUCCCGUCCCGUCCCUUCUCUUCUCGUCCUGUCCCGUGCCGUGCCGGCAGCAGAGCAGAGCCAUGCUGCACUGGGGAUACGACGAGCACAACGGGCCUGCCCACUGGAAGGAGGUUUUUCCUGUCGCUAAUGGAGACCGUCAGUCACCCAUCGACAUCAAAACUGAGGAAACCAAGUAUGAUCCCUCCCUCCGUCCUCUAAAUCCCAGUUAUGAUCCAGCUUCUGCUAAAAUCAUCCUUAACAAUGGGCACUCCACCAGUGUGGAGUUUGAUGACACCGUCAACAAAUCAGUGCUGACUGGGGGGCCGCUCAGCGGGACCUACAGGCUGCGCCAGAUUCACUUCCACUGGGGAUCCAAUGAUGACGCUGGCUCUGAGCACACGGUGGAUGGGAUGAAGUAUGCAGCAGAGCUUCAUGUGGUCCAUUGGAAUGCAGAGAAAUAUUCCAGUUUUGUUGAGGCAGCUUGUCAGUCAGAUGGACUUGCAGUCAUGGCUGUAUUUCUGAAGAUUGGUGAAUGCAACCCUCAACUGAACAAGAUUACUGACCGCUUGGACACCAUCAGAAUUAAGGGAAAAAAAGCACUAUUCACAAACUUCGAUCCCAGCUGUCUGCUUCCCAAGUCCCUGGACUACUGGACUUACUUUGGAUCUCUCACUGUUCCACCUCUUCUUGAGAGUGUCAUCUGGAUUGUUCUGAGAGAGCCCAUAAAUGUUUGUUCUGAACAGCUGGCCAAAUUCCGCAGCCUCCUGAGCACUGCUGAGGACGAGGUCGCCUGCUGCUUGCUGAGGAACUUCCGGCCUCCCCAGCCUCUAAGGGGACGAGAAGUCAGAAGGAAUUGAGUAAAUCCAGAGUGGCCUCCCUCUGAAACCAAAGGCUGAAUUUAUUUUAAUAGUUAAUAUACUUUGUGAUUUUUAAUUUUUUUUGUGAGUUGUUUUAACAAGCAGGUGUUGUUUUAUUAGUGGUUUCCAUGCAGUCAUUUCUCACAGGCAGGUAUGUCCAGAGUUGUCACAGGUUUAUUGAUUUUAACAGGUCUGACUGGGUUUGAGUGCAUUGGCUUGAAAGCACUGAGCCAUCAACAUUGUAUACACAGAGAUCACUGCUAACCAUAAGGAUGAAAUGUGGUGAAGGAAUUGACCAGAUUUUGUCACCAAAUUACUGAACAGGAUCCCUGGUAUUAUUGACAGUAUAGGAUGUUCUGGGAUUAUUCUUCAUGAAUAACAUAACAUUUAUCUUCUGUGUAAACCUCAUAUUGCAUUUUCUCAAGGAAAAAGUAUUUCAAGGAUGAUGUAAUUUCAUUGCUGACUUCUGCAAUACCAUGAUUGCUUUCCUACAAAAAACAGUGAUGACUAGCAGCAUUUAAGUCAAAAAGAUAUUUAUAUGGUCCUGUUAUUCUGGCUGCUUCAUAGCAGUAAUCAUGUACUGAUUUAUGUUUUUUUUAAAAAAGCAAAUAGUAAGGAUUUUGUAUAUUGCAAAUCACGUCAGGUAGAUUAGGUAUUCCUGAAUUAGGUAUUUCACAAUGUCAGAAGAUGAAAUUGUCCUGAAACCUGAAAACUGCAAGGUGGGAGAGCAUAGAGAGAGCUGUUUGUGCCUAAAUCCAGACUUUUGCCACUUAAAGUCAAGAGGCAGGGGUAGCUGUUGUUCCAGACUUGCACACUGCAGUGUGAACCACAAGCUGCUUACCUCUCAUCUCGCUGUGGAGCACAGUGCUAUCCAGCUAUAGAAUGUCUCAAGAUGCUGGCUGGGGUUCUGCUGUCAUAGCUGAACUUCAGUGGUUGCACUUGCAUUCCAAGACCAAAGAGAAUAGUCAGCGAGAGCCAAAGAAAUCAGAAUCAACAUCUAAUAAAAAGCUCAGCCUUCUAUAGAAUAUGUUGAAACAUCUGUCUUUAUAAGCUGACUUGAGCCUGUGUUUCUCUCAGGAGCUUUUUUUAUCUGAAUAUAAUUGGGGUUUUUUACACCAAAUAUUUUAGUUAAUGAACGUGCCAUAGGAUGUAGCUUAGGAUAGAAUUCAAUUUAUUCUCAAACUGUGAGAACUACAUAGUGAAAUUCAGUGAUACCUGAAAGAGGCAGCUAGAGGUUUUACUGGCAGCAACUAACACCAAUCUCUGUAGUACUUCUGACAAAUUAAUCUUCCAUAGCUGCUCUCCUUUAAUUGAUUUUUAAAUAGGUUUUAUAUGCUCUGCCUUUUACCUCAAUGGGUCAUUUGAUCUUAGAUGAGCAAAUGAGGGAAAUCACAAUCAGGAUUGACUUUAUAUGCUGUUUUAGAACAAUAGAUUAGAUAAAUAGAUUUUUUUAAAUUAGUUUAAGAUAUGUGAACUUUUUUGUUUUUUCCUCCCCAGAAUAUAGCUAUUAUAUCCUGCAAGGCCUCCCAAUGCCUUUUGAAUAUUUUCUGAAGAAAAGAACACAAACAGACCAUUGGAGAAAUAAAAGGCAUUUAUCAGUGCUAAAAAGAAAACCGGGAGUGUGUUGCAUGUUUUCACUUCUUUUUUUAGAUUUAGGAUUGGAUCUCGUAUGUUUCCCUUUUAUGUGAGUAGCUACAGAAUGUGGAAAAAAUGUUUACAAAUUACAGGAAGGAUACAAAAGAUCUCUUUGUCUCUGAAGAGAAAGAAAUAAGGCUACUGGUUCACAUUGUAAACAGAAGUUUUACGUAUUUCUUACAUAUUGUAAACAGGGGAGUAGAUUCAAUGCUUUUAUAUAUUUAUAAGGAUUUUAUCAAAAUAAAAUUUGGAUUUUAUGAAUGUGUCUUGUAUUUUCUAUUGUAGAGCCUAGAGUUUUACAGAGAAGGCUGUACUUUUAUAAUUAACACCUGCAGCUUUAGGUUUGAAAAAGAUUGUUACCCAUCAUUUGAAAUCUGUCUUUGGACAGUGUGGUAUUAGGUAUGUCUUUAUGUUCCAAAUAAAAUAUUUUUGGCAGUGGUAAGACCUGCAAUCAAUUCUGCAAGUUUCUGAUAGUUCAUUUUGAACUACUGACUGUUUUUAAUGUUAUGCUAAUAAGUUUUAGAAGAAGUCAUUCAAGUAAUUCCCCUUUUGUGGAGAUGCCAUAUUCAUGUUAGAUUGGCCUAGCUGAAAGUUUGGUGACAUCUGAAAAAGAACAGAAAUGCUCAGUUGCCUGAAAUUCCUUGGGACAGCUUCUCACGUUAUUCAUCCCCUCCUACUCUAAAGUGAGAAUUUGGACACAGUCUCAACUCUGAGCACUUGGUUGCACCCUCAGUCACUAAUUUCCCCUAUGCUCAAGCUAUACUGAAUCUCAAACAGACUACUCAAUGUGCUCCCAGAGAAUCUUAUCUCAAGUGUGAACUCCAUGUUGUCCUCUACAGCAACUGAGGCUGAAAUAUGUCAUCAUCCCCCCUGCAGCUGCACGUCCCUUUGAUCAACUCUUAGCUCUCUGACACACUUUAUGUUUAUAUAUAAAUACAGCCUUUUACACAGCCUUUAUAUUAAGAAGAACGAAAUGCUCAGUGACCAAAAAAAACAGAGUGUAUUUGCUGAAAAGUAGCUGUCAAGAAUUGUGGACUGCUGGGAGGUUGAUCACCCAUAAACUUAUUCUCAGAAUUAAAUAAACCACAGCAGAGCCCUGGGGUCAGCUUUGCUGGUUUUGGCACAAGAGGGA